CCAGAAUACUACUCAGUGUGUGAAACGAUUGGGAAAACCGGUUAAACUUACUUGUAGCUACUCAAACAUGAGUGAAAAUUCCAAAAACCUUAACGGAGAAGUGAAGCAAGAGAAAACGGAAUCGAAUCAUGGCAGCAGUAGCAGCAGCAGCGGUGGUUCGCAGGAAACGACUCGUCAGGAUAGCAUCGAGCGAAUCCUCCAGCGCAAACAGCGGGUUUAUCAACUUCCUCGAAAUCAAAAAUUAACCAAAUUAUCCAUGUACUCAUCGUGCCAAGCUGACCAGUGUCGAUGCAGCGGAUGGAAAACGCCGGAAGAGAACCGCCACAAGGAUGUGGAGGUGGACUAUUGUCCAGAUUUCGGUGAGGAGUGUCGAAAUCCCAACUGCAAGCACAGCUUGGAGACCCACAUUCGCCAUCUGGGUGACAUUAAUGAAGAACAAAUGAACGAGCUGCUUGGUGCCAUCGUGGAUGUAGAGAACCUGUACAUGAGCAUGCUGCGAGAGGCCGACACAGACACAAAAAAGGUUUACGCUUACCUGUUCCGCCUGCUGCGUCAAUGCAUCCUUACUCGUACGCAAGCAGUCAUACGCGGCCCAUUGGGAGAUCCUCCAUUCGAGACACCGUCCAUAUCGAAAGCGGUUACAAACUUUGUUCUACACAAGUAUGGCCACUUGCACCAUUCGGAAUUGGAUUCCAUGACGGAGGUAGCGAAAACUUUCCUCCACUGUCUCAAUCACUGGAAUUUCGAAGCUCCAAGUGCUCGUCAGGAUCUAGUUAACCAGGAAGAUGUGUCCAACUACAAGAUCAACUACACCCGCUGGCUAGUGUUCUGUCAUGUACCAGCAUUCUGCAGCUCGCUGCGUCACUUCGAAACGUCGAUCGUGUUUGGGCGAACGCUACUGAAAGCAGUGUACCAGUACGUCUACCAGCAACUGCUGGCCAAAUGUAAAACGGAACGCGACCGGAUGCCACCAGAGAAGCGCAGUAUGCUGACGCAGCUACCGAAAUUCCUCGAAGCGCUCAAGCAGGAAGUGGUCAAUGAAGAUUCACCCAUUUGGACCCAAAACUUCAAACCCGCUGCCUCGCUGGUGUUGCACAAAAGCAAACGCCAGCAUGAUGGUUCCACGACGUCCACUGCUGGCAAGAAGCUGGGCGAUGUGAAGCGCUUCAAGAAGGAAUCGGAUUGCGAGGACCUGUCCGAUGAGGUGGUCUCGCGUGCGCUUAAACGUAUCAAUGAUUCGAACUACGCCAGCCGGGCCGAGGUCGUAUUUCCGCCAAAUGCACCACGCGAUGAGGCAGCGAAAGCGGAAGAAAAUCGGCGUGAGAUUGAAUUCCACGUUGUGGGCAAUUCGCUCACCAAGCCCGUCACGAAGCAGUCGAUGCUGUGGCUGCUGGGCCUGCACAGCGUUUUCGCCCAUCAGCUGCCAGGCAUGCCGAGGGAGUACAUUAGUCAGCUCGUUUUCGAUCCAAAACACAAAACAUUGGCAUUGAUAAAGGAAGGCCGCCCGAUUGGGGGUAUCUGCUUCCGCACGUUCGCUACCCAAGGCUUCACGGAGAUCGUGUUCUGUGCAGUUACGAGCAGCGAACAGGUGAAGGGCUACGGAACGCAUCUGAUGAACCACCUGAAGGAUUACAGCACACAGCGAGGGAUAAAACAUUUUCUCACCUACGCGGACGAGUUUGCCAUCGGGUAUUUCAAGAAGCAGGGCUUUUCCAAAGACAUCAAAGUGGCACGCCAAGUGUAUGCUGGUUUCAUCAAAGAGUACGAAGGGGCGACGCUUAUGCACUGCGAACUGCAUCCCAGCCUGAUCUACACACAGUUCAGCUCAGUGAUACGUAAGCAGAAGGAAAUUGUAAAGGAGUUGAUUACCCAGCGCCAGCAGGAAGUGCAAAAGGUACAUCCGGGGUUAACCUGCUUCAAGGAGGGCGUCCGGAGCAUCCCAAUCGAAUCGAUACCGGGUCUGCGCGAGGUCGGUUGGCGUCCAACGUUCCGAGCCCAACGGACGGCACGCCCACUCGAAGAAUCGGCCGAUCCGGACAAGCUGGCCAACUCACUGAGCGGAGUUUUGCUGGCCGUCCGACAGCAUACGGCCGCUUGGCCGUUCCUGAAGCCAGUCAACCAGGCCGAAGUGCCGGACUACUACGAUCACAUCAAGUACCCGAUGGAUCUGAAAACGAUGACGGAGAGGUUGAAAAAUAAGUAUUAUGUUACGAGACGCCUAUUCAUGGCCGAUAUGGCUCGUAUUUUUACCAACUGUCGACUGUACAACUCUCCAGAGACAGAAUAUUAUCGCUGCGCCAAUACCCUGGAACGCUACUUUCAAACCAAGAUGAAAGAGAUUGGUCUGUGGGAUAAAUGAUGUCCGCUUAAUAAGCUCGAUCGUGCAAACCUUCACGCAGACGAAAAAGAUGCCGAUGACGAAGAAGAAGA